UCCGUUUUGAGAUUGUAUAAAAGAAAAGCGGAGACUUCUCACGAAGGAUAACAGGCCACGGAUUUGAAUGGAUACCAUUGGGAAAAUUACGUGUCUAUGAUGAACCGACCGUAUGCCGCUUCAAAGGCGAUGCUGCCACAGUCCUGAGCCCCGCACAAUGCGUGCCUGAGCGAGUGCCGGUGUUCGAGCCAGCGGCCGAGGACGAGGAAGCAAAGAGACCAGGACCACCUCUCAAGACCCGUCCGUGGGCGACUGGGGGCCAUGCCACCCUCGCCUCGGGUGGGGCAUCCGACGUGAAUGGUGCUCGCCACGACGGGACAACCUCACUGGCCAGCGGAGCGGGGCAUCGCCUGACCCCGCCCCCGCCCCAGGCAUGAUGAAUGGCGAGGGCCCCAGCGUGCCCAUCACCACCCUGGCGGGCAUCCAGAGCAUCACAGAGCUGCUGCUGGAGCUGCCCCUGCCCAGUGCCCUGCCAGGCGCAAGCGCGCCCCGCUCUCUGCUGCCCCCUCACCAGGCGGACGAGGUGCGGCGCGCCUUGGCGGCCCCCCCGGACCCCCGGCUGCUGCCCCCGCUGCUCGAAGCCCUGGCCAGGGUCGGGGGGGCCGACCACGUGGACCUCAAAGACGGGGGCGAGGGGUCCACACCCCACCAGGGCUCCUCCCCCCUCCUCCAGCUGCUGGUGGCUCGCGGCGUCUUCAAAGGCCCGCCCCCGUGGCAGCAGCAGGCGGCGCCCCCGGCCCAGCAGCGCGGCUAUAGCCCGUCCCAGCUGUGCUCCCCGGCCGAGGGCGUGUCCAUGGACGGCAGCCCCGGCGGCUUCUUCCCGGCCACGCCCUUCACCCCGCACCCACCUCCCUCCAGCCUGCACGACCACUCGGUGGCUGGCAUUCUCGACGGGGCACCCUUCUCUCCCAAGGGUGGCCCCCCGACGCCAGGCUUCUGCUCCAACGGGAACUGUGCACCCACACGGACGGGUGUGGCCGUGUGCGCGAGCCCCCUGCAGACGGCGCCGCUCCCGUGUCAGCCGCCUGUGCAGUGCGGCGUCGUGCAGAGUGUGGCGGCGGCGGCGGCAUCGCCCGCGUCCACAGGACACACAAACAGUGUGAUGCCUCCGGUGGCGAGUCCGCCGGCAACAGAAGUGGCCGCGCCAGUCUCAAGGGAAAGAGUGCCAGUGAACAACGUCGACACAAGGGGGCCGCAGGGGGGACGUCCCGAGCAGCGGCCGUCGCCGCAGAAGGAGGCGCUCAAAGCCCCCGCCAACAAGAAGAAGGUGGUGAGGAACUCUGUCCGAGAUAACAGCCGGCGGCUGUCGUCCUCUGAGGAAGAGGACGCCCAACAUGCGCGCAGAAAGCCUCCCGGCCGCAAGACGAGGGACAGUGUGGACGGCAAAGCGAAGUCGACCGGGGACCGGCGCAACUCGCACAGAGUUCCCCGGGAGGAGAAGUCGAGCAUGGACCUGUACGCGAGCUCGCUCAGCGAGAGGGUCAAGAACCGUCGGAGGACGCACCAGAAGGCCAAGUACGCCGAGUCGCCCGUGCACUCGCACCACAGCGGCAGUGAGCACUCUGCCUUCGAGCUGGAAGACGAGCCCGGCCACACACAGACAGCCCCACCACCCGUCCGCGAGAAGCCCAAGGCCAAGCCCAAGAAGGUGAAGAAGGAGCCUGCACCAGCGCCACUCUCUGCCGAGGAGCUCAUGGAGAGCAACACAUACCAGCGCUUCUCGCGGACAGUGGAGGCCAUCUUCGACUCGAUGGAAGACCUGGACCUGACCCAAGAACUGGACGACGAGGUGGGCUGCCCGCCUGAAGCCCUUGUGCCAGCCCCUCUGCUACGGGACCUCUGCAACGAGGCAGCCAAGUUGAAGAUCCUGCAGGCGACCAACCAGGUGCCCCCAGAGCGCCUCGUCCGGCUCCUAUCCAUCCUGGAGCGCAAUGUGGUGGACGGGGCCAAGAUCUGCCCCAUGGAGCACGAGGACCAGGAAGACGACGAGGGGCGCCUGUGGGCCGAGCUCUCCAUGGAGCGCAUCACCCGGUCGGCCGACGCCUCCCUCACAGCCCUGUACGUUAUGACGGCACCGCGCAUGCCCAAGCGGGUCUUUCUCGAGGACAUGAUCGAGCGCAUCGUGGGCUUUGCCAAGUUCCAGAUUCAGAACACUGUGUAUCCGGCCUUCGACCCGGUUUACCGGGUGGACUCACGAUCCAAGGAAGGCUACGUGGGCAGUGCGCGGCAGAAGCGGGCCCACGCACCCCAGAAGGUCCGGGAGCGCAACCUGCUCCAGCUGUACAACAAGUUGCACGAGCUGGUCGGGCUGCUGGCCGAGUUGCUGGGGAUCCAGACACUUACGGACACGGUCAUCCUACAGGUGUCCACCCUUGGUGUGGGACCUUUUUUUGUAGAAGGGGUCAGCGAGCUGCAGCUGCAUGCCCUGCGCCUUGUCACCACCAUCUUUGCCCACUACGACAAGCACCGGCAGCUCAUUCUGGAAGACAUCCUGGCAUCCAUAGCGCGGCUGCCUACCUCCAAGCGCAGUCUGCGCAACUACCGCCUCAACUCGGAGGAGCACAUCCAGAUGCUGACGGCCCUUGUGCUCCAGCUCAUACAUAGCGUCGUAAAGCUACCUGAGGGGACAACGCCGGCCAAAGAGGAGGUCGCCGGAGCACAGCCCGCCGUCGCGGUGGACACGGAUGUGCUCGUAUUGACUUCGUACGACGCGGCCGUGCACACGGCGAUCAACUUCCUGUCGGUGUUUCUACGCAAGUGUGGCACCAAAAAUGAAGAUAUGGACUACAGGCCAGUGUUCGAGAACUUUGUUCAGGACCUGCUGAGCACGGUCAACAAGCCUGAGUGGCCCGCGUCGGAGCUCAUCCUCAGCCUGCUGGGGCGCCUGCUGGUGCAGAACUUCAGCAACAAGUCCCUGGACAUGUCCCUGCGGGUGGCCUCGCUCGACUACCUGGGCGUGGUGGCGGCCCGGCUGCGCAAGGACGCAGUCACCAGCCAGAUCAAGAAAGAGACCAUCAAAGACAUCCUGCGUCAGAUCGAAGAGGACGAGGAGGACGACCUUCCCCUGACGAGCCUCUCAAGGUCCAAGGGGAGGUCGGCCCCCAAAGCGAAGGACGAGACGCAGCUGCUGCAGAGGGCACUGCUGCACUACCUCGAUGCCAAUCUGGAUAGCGACCCCUCGCUGCAGUUCUCGCGGCGCUUCUACGUGGCGCAGUGGUACAAGGACGCCAUGGCCGAAGCCAAGGCCAAGAAGCCCAAGGAGUCCCAAGAGCCCAAGGAGCCUAAAGAGCCCAAGGAGGAAGGUCCCAAGGCACAGAAGGUGACCAACAGCCGGACGUGCAGAAACAAGGCCUCUAAGCGCAGAUGUGAGGAGGAAGACGAAGAGGAAGACAAGCCCGCAGCGCCGCAGGAGACGGACGAGGAAGAGCAGUCCAAGAUGGCAGCACUCGUUGAAGACCGUAAAAAGUUCUUGCUGCACAUGGUCAAGCCUGCGGAAGCCGGCGGGACCCUCAAGUCCGAGCAGGGCACCCUGGACUACGCCACGGCCGAGCUCAUCUCGCGGUUUCUGGCGUCGCGGCGGCCCUUCUCGCAGAGCUUCGACGUCUAUUUGACGCAGAUCCUGCGGGUGCUGAGCGAAUCUGCGGUGGCGGUGCGCACCAAGGCCAUGAAGUGCCUGACGCUGGUGGUUGAGGCAGACCCUUCCAUCCUGGGGCGCCCCGACAUGCGGCAAGGGGUGCACGGGCGGCUGCUGGACCACUCGACGAGCGUGCGCGAGGCGGCCGUGGACCUGGUGGGGAAGUUCAUCCUGGUCCGGCCUGAGCUGACCCACAAGUACUACGACAUGCUCACAGACCGCAUCCUGGACACCGGGGUAAGCGUGCGCAAGCGGGUCAUCAAAAUCCUCAAGGACGUGUGCCUGGAGCAGCCAGGCUUCGAGAAGAUCCCCGAGAUUUGCGUCAAGAUCAUUGGCCGGGUGAACGACGAGGAAGGCAUCAAGAAGCUGGUCGGAGAGGUCUUUCAGAGCAUGUGGUUCACGCCACAGGCUAGCGAGGAGCGGCUGCUGCAGAAGGUGCGCCACAUCACCCACGUGGUGGCAGCCUGCCGCGAGAUGGGCCUUGACUGGUUUGAACAGCUACUGGGCAGCCUGCUCAAGGACAAGGAAGACGGGCAGCGGCGGGGGGUGCUCGAGUCGUGCCGGCAGAUCGUGGACUGCCUCGUGGAGCGGGUGCUCUGCCUGGAGGAGGGCGGUGGGGGCAGCGGCCACCUGGUGGCCUGCCUGAGCACCCUGUACCUCUUCAGCCGCAUCCGGCCCCAGCUGCUGGUGCGGCACGCCCAGACCAUCCAGCCGUACCUGAGCAUGCGCCUGUCAGGGCCCCAGGACUACCAGGUGCUGCAAAACGUGACUCGCUGCCUGGAGCUGGUGGUGCCCCUGAUGGAGCACCCCAGCGAGGCCUUCCUGGCCCAGGUGGAGGAGGACCUGGCCAAGCAACUCAUCCGGCACUCCCCGGUCAUCCUGCCGGCCAGCGUGAGCUGCCUCAGUGCAGUUGUCAACCGGGUCACCCACAACUACCCCCUGGUCCGCGACAUGUUCCACAAGUUCUUCAUGCUGCUGUGCCAUUUGCGCCGGGAGCACCAGGAGGGGCGCCCCGUGGUCAAGCCUAGCCUCCAGCGCUGCCUUUACACCCUGGGGCUGCUGUGCCGCCACUUUGACCUCGAGCACCUGGAGGCGGCCCCCGGCGCCGAAGAUACGGCUGCCGAAGAGGCGGCGUCCGAAGAGCCGCUGAAGCAGCGGGUCUUUGCGGCCAUGCUGUACUUCACAGAGCAUCCCGAGGAAGAGAUCCGGCUGCGUGCCCUCACGGGGCUCGGGUUCAUGCUGGUGCGGCAGCACGACCUAAUGCUGGGGCCCGAGGUGCGGGAGCUGUACCGGCACCUGUUGGAGAGCCCCCUGGCGGCGCCUGUGGCCCGCGUCCAGGUGCUGAAGAACUUGACGGCCUACCUGAUGGAGGAGGAGGCAAAGAUGAUCCAGCGGGACGCAGAGUGGAACAAGCUGUCCAAGGGGGAGAACCUCAAGGAAAUGGGGGACGUGUCCUCGGGCAUGGCCAGCACCGUGGUCCAGGUCUACCUCAAGCACAUCCUGGCCUCGGCCGCCAACCCAGCCCUGGCCGUGCGCAGGGCCGCCCUGCAGGUCCUGCAACUGGUGCUGGGCCAGGGCCUGGUGCACCCGGUGCAGAUGGUGCCGCACCUGGCCUGCCUGGGCUCGGACGACGACAAGCUGCUGCGCAACAAGGCGGACCAGCUGCUGCAGGAGCUGGAGAAGAAGUACCCGGGCUUCGUGCAGAUGAAGGCCCUGGCCGGUGUGCGCCUGUCCUUCGACAUGCACCGGGGGGCCACGCCACGGGGACAGGGCCCCGUGCGGGGCUUCCGCUCGGAGGAGAGUCCCGUCAGCCGCAACGGCUUCCUCUACUCCGUGCUGAGGGGCACCCGCCAGAGCCGGAGGGCCUUCCUGCUGUCCCUGCUCAAGCUGUUCGACGAGCAGGCCCGGGCCCCACUGGCGGAGCUGCUCUACGCCGCCGACAACCUGGUCUACUUCCCGUACCAGGUGCAAGACGAGCCCCUGUUCGUCAUGCACCACAUCGACGUGCUGCUGUCCGUGGCGGGCUCCAACCUGCUCCAGAGCUUCCGGGAGGCCCUGCUGCCCCGGGACGGCGCGAGGGUCGGCGAGGAGGAGGAAGAGGACGAAGACGAGGACCUCGACUCCCUGCUGGGGCGCGUCCCGGAGGACCUGACCCCGCUGGAGGAGAGCAUGCAGGCGGCCCAGGGCUGCGUGCUGCUGCUGUUUGUCAAGCAGACCCUCAAGGACACCUACGGCUUCACGGACAGCCGCAUCCAGCAGUACUCUCCCAACGAGGCGGCCAAGACGUACGAACGGCCGCUCAAUCGGCGCUCCGGAGUGCGCUUCCGGCCGGAGCCCACCGUCCAGGCGCUAAAGGCGGAAGAGGGCGAGCGGCCGGGACGGGAGGAGCUGGUGCGGCGCUACCUCGACUUCAAGCAGCUCAUGCUCACCAUCGACCCGGACGACGACGACGACGACGACGCGGCUCCGAGGCCGGCGGUUGCAGCGCCUGUGGCGACUGUGGUGGGUGGCGGUGCGGACGCAAACGUAGCGGUGCCGGACGUCGCCACCGCGACAACGGCGCCCGCAAUUGCCACGCCCGUUGCCGCGGCGACGGAGUUGCCACGCCAGCGUCCGUCGGCGCCGCACGACGGUGUGCCGAAAAAGCGCGGUAGGCCCCUGGGCCGGACUUCCUCCAAGGGCCUGGCAGCCGCCCUCCACGGCGUGUCCGCCUCGGCGGACAAGGCCAAGAGAAAGCCACGCAAGAAGCGGAAGCGCGUCAUCUGUUCGGACGGUUCGAGCGACAACGAGGACAGUGACCCGUCGUUCUGCGGGGACUGAUGCCGCCUCGCGAGAUGGGGUCCUUGUACAGUUCUCUGGGAAAAUGGGGGUGGGGUGGGGUGGGGGGUGUCAUCAUCGUCACGGAGUCUAUUUUGUAGCGUACGUGGACGGGAGUUCGCCCGUCGCCAUCCUCUGUCCGGUGCAUUGUUUUGUUCGUUCCGCCAGGGGACCAUCGUCUGGGCGCGCCGCGACCUCCUAACUUAUUUAUUUUACGCAGCAUUAGCUUCCCCCUGGCGCCGGCGAGUUGCCACCUCCUCUGUACAUGUACACCACUUCAUUGGUCACCUUCACGCAGCCGUGUACAUAGGACGUCUCCUUUUCCCCCUUUUGUAGGGCCUCCCGCACGGGCAGCGGGAAGUAUCUGUACAGAAGAGACGACGCAGUAUUUUAUUCUCCGGGGGUCGGUUCUCUCCCUCUUCUCCACCGUGCCGGUUCUUAAAGAAAAUAAAUCCUUCCGAAACGGAGUGGACGAGCGACGUGCCGCGAAGAAACCCGCCGCUUUUGUACAACAAAGGGUGUUCGGCCACCACGCAGGUUUCGGAGGGCUCCACGGAAACCGCAGAGAGUUUCGUUUUUCUUGUUUUAAUGUUUUAAAAUACGGAGUUUGGACUAUUUAUAAUUUUUCCCCCCCAUUUUUUAUGUAUAUGACUUACUGACAACCAUUAAAAAAAGAAAAAGCACUAUUUGACAUAAAACAGCA